AUGUUGAAUUUACUAUUCAUUUUAGUGAUCUCUACUUGUAGUGCAGCUAAUAAUUCGUCUGUGUGUUUAGAUAAACUCAAAGAAUUGAUUGAAUUACCUUUUGAUGAAUUCCUUGAAACCAUCUUACCUUAUUAUUAAUUAUCAGGGGAUUGGGUAGGCAAGUUUGGAUACUAUGAUAGAUGCUAUAGAAAGGACCACUCUUAUACGUCAGUCGAAAUUGAUUAGCAACUCUACAAAUAAUAUUAUGGAUUUUGUCAUUCUAAUAAGUGUUCAGCCAAAGACUUUAAUUCCAAGGAUGGAUAAGAAAAUAUAAAAAAAAUAUUGAAUGACAGUGGAAUUGCAAACCUAAUCAAUAUUGAUCCAGAUACAAUAACAUUAAACUUCUAUGAUCCUUAAACUUAUUUUCCAAAUAUAGGUUGGGAAACCUAUGUUACGUCAGGAAUAUUAUUAAUCCUAUUUAUCAUGAUAAUUAUUGAUCCAAUCUUGAGGUUUAUAACAGCAUGUUAAAACAAGCAUACUCCAGAUGUUAGAGAUCGAAGAUCUUCUAGUUUGCAGAGUCCAUACGGACUUCGAGAAGGUUUACAGGAUAAGAGUCAAUAUUAACCAACAUCUAUCAUUAAAGAUUUCUCAAUCAUUAUGAAUUACAAUAAAAUAAUCAAUCUAAAAACAAUAGAUCCUAAUCUAACCAUUUUUAAUGGGAUCAGAGCUAUUUCAUUUAUGAUGGUUGCUUAUGGGCAUGUUAAUGAAAUGACUGCAAUUUCAACAUAUAUUACUGAGGCUAAUUUGCAAUAUAAGUCCUGGGUUAUUAUCUUACUAUAUGAUAUGAUGUAUGCCGUAGAUAUCUUCUUUUGGGUUGGUGGAUUCUUUCUAGGUUAUGUGAUGUGUGAGGAACGAAAAGCAAAAACACUACACUAAAAACCAUUAUCAAUAUUCUUAAGUAUUACUCAUCGAUUAAUGAGAAUUUGGCCAUGUUAUUUAUUAUGUAUUGCAAUAAAUUCAUACAUAAUCCCAUAUUUGGGAAGUGGGCCUCGAUGGUUUUUAGAAGAGAGAGCAACAUAAUGUCCAGGAGGAGCAUGGAAGAAUGCCUUAUUUAUAGAUAAUUUUUAUGAAGAUUGGCAACUAUGUUUCAGUUGGGGUUGGUAUUUAACAUGUGAUUUUCAAUUAUUUUUAACAUGUCUAAUACCAAUCCUAAUAUAUUGCUUUGAUUACAAGGUUUUUUCAAAAAUACUAAUUAUGUUGAUGAUUAUUGGUACUUUAGGAUGGGCUUAUUAUCUUAGUGUUAAUUAUGAUUUUCUAAUACCAGGUCGAAAUACUUAUAAUCCAAAUUAUUAUUACAAAUUCUAUGUUAGUUCUUAUGCUAGAGCACCUCCUUACUUUUUAGGUUUGUUGAUUGGGAUACUUUAUAGAGAAUUCAAGCAAUCAAAAAAAAGUGGAUAAGCUACAUAUUUGCAGUAAUUUAGAGAUUAUGCUCAAAGAAAUGGAUAGAGAUUGAUAAUGCAAUUGUGCUGUUAUGGAUUGGGAUUCGGGAUAAUGUCAUAUCUGUUUUUUGGAUGGAAAAAAGAGUUCAAUCAGAUUGAAAUGAGUUGGCCAAAAUGGUACUAGCAUAUUUAUCAUGCUUUUUGUAGAUUUUUAUUUACUUUCGGAUUGACAUUGAUUGUUCUACCCAAUUUAGUUGGGGCAUAUGAUUUAUUAAAUUCUAAAUUUAUGAAUAACACUUUAUUUAAAUUUAUGGCCAAAAUCUCUUUUACUAUGUAUUUGGUGCAUCUAAUGAUAAUUUUAAUUUUGACUGAGACAUUCUAUGAGACUCCGUCCUUUGCCCAAUUAGAUUUAUUAACUUGUUUUGUUUGUGCAGUGGUUCUUUCGAUUGUUUUUGGAUUGUUUUUAUCGCUUAUGGUGGAGUUGCCAUUUGGGAAUCUGGACACGAGAUUAAUAAAAAUUAUGAUGAGACCAAAAAGGAAGGUGGAUACUUUAUUAGAUUGA